UAAUCGGCUAAAACAAAGUAGCAUCAGCUGAUUGGACUUCUUUGUUUACGUUUAUCUCAGGCCAUAGUUGUAGAAUUCUGCUAUAUAUAAAAAUAAUUAAAUAAUGGAACAACCAUUGGAGAAAGUGCUUACUGAAUUUGCUUCUCAGCCGGAAACAGUGGGUGUGCUGCUGGCUAAUCGUCAAGGCCUAUGUUUGGGAGCAAAAGGGAAAAUAAAUCCUAACAUGUCGGGAAUUGGUAUGGCCAUCUCAGAACAGGCGUGCAAACUGGAACCAAAUUUAAACCCACCAGCCAUUUACCUGUACAGUGGGAACAAGCGAUGCAUCAUAAAAAAGGACGGAGAAUUGACCGGUGUUAUUUACAAACAGAAACCUAAUUGAAUGCAAUGUCUAAGGCGCUGGUGCAGUGCCCUUUUGAUCAUUCAACGAGAUAAACCACAAGUGCAUGUGUAACCUGUAGAUAUAAAUUACAUAAAAGCCAAUCUUCCUGGAGUUUAUUCAUAAAACUGUCGCUUUGUGCAAAAUUCAUAGUACAUACAUAAAUAUAAAUAUUUCUUUAUGUU